AUGUAUAAAUCAUAUAGCCUAGACAAGUUACUAUACUGGUCUUCGUCUAGGAAGGCAGUAAGGUGCUGUCUUGCUCACCUUGACAUCUACGCUCAAAACCUUCAUCACUUGUAUUUAGGGUGAUUUUUGGAUGGUGAUUAUGAGAAGUACAAUGCAAAUAAAAAGGGAUGGUGAUCCAGCCUCUUGGUACGUACCUACAUCACCUAAGUACCUUGGAUGUAGAAUAUGCUAGAAUAGAAACACUGCACAUAUCUACAAUACUGCAUGGAAAAAUUUUAAAAUAUUUUCUUCAUUUUGAAUACCUGGAUGGAGCUGGUGUCUAAGAAUCCUCGGUAUGCUCUAUUAAAUUGUUGAAAUAGUGUUACAUGCGACUUAAUAUGAAUACCUGAAACUCUGCUUGGAUCUUGCCUUGUUCCUGACCAGUAAUAUAGAUCAGUUGUGUUCAUUGACGCUACUGAAGCUUAACAUUGAGCUCCACCCCUGAACAGCGCCGUCCAUUGAAAGACGCAUUACUACUGUCUCAAACUACAAAUGCAUAAUCUGCUAUUAUUUCUGGACAAUGCAGAAGGUACACUUGGUAUCAACUUUAGGUCUGGAUAACAUAAUUCAGUUUCAAGCAGGGAGCCCACCAUUAGCUAAGUAUUAAACUAAAUUUUAGAAAGGAACUUACUGUUUCAAACUGAUUGUGCUCAUGACAUUUUUUAGUGUUAUCCUCAAAUGGUUUAACAAUGAAUCUAUCCAUGAAAUCCCCUCUUAUCUCUUGAUCUCUGAUAUAUAUCAUCCUCAUGAUCUUCAAUUGCUUAGACCAAUCACAGCACCCUUGACAGCUAAAUAAAUUCCUUAGUUUCCACUUCGUCUAGCCUUUUUCUAAAUUAAAACUACAUCACACACAAUCCGCCAUCUCAUAUCCGGCAUAUUUUCUUGUUUUGUCUCUCACAGCUAUUUUCUCAGAUCGAAUUUUAUCCUUCAUCCAUUGGAUACACCGUGGAAACUGUUCUUCUGGUGCUUCACAAGUAUUAAUCCAUGACCAUUCUCCACACUUGAACUGGAAAUAUUCAGUUCAAGUAUCCCAAAGAAUUUGCUAAAAUAGUUUUCAUCAACGUUUCAACUUUAAUUGACCUUGCAUUCCCUCUUCCAACUCAGAGAAUGAGCUCACUCUUUUUCUUUAUGCGACCAUCUACAAAAUAAAAUAGUUCUAACAGCAACGCUAUUAGAACUAGCCGAUCAACAGAAACUGAAGGGAGAAUUAAAUGAUAGACUAAGCUGUCUUCACUUUGGUGGCAAGCCUGCCGAUGAGCGUGAAGUGGUAGUUCCUGUGGUAAUCUCCCAUCAUUUCCCUCACAGAUAUUGCUGCCCUGAGAUGGAGGAACUCGAGAAGUUCAGCAUGCUCUACGACAAGUGUUUGGAGGAGAGCGGCGAGAAAGGGGAGAUACCCAAGGACUUGGGCCUUGAGGUGAGUUAAUCAGAGUUCCAUGGUGAUUAGAUCUUCAGGCAAUCUGCGGCAUUCUCACAGCCACUCCAUGCGCAGGUGUCCUCGCCGGGGGCGGAGAGGCUUCUGAAGGUGCCAGAGGAUCUACACCGCUUCAGAAGGAUGCCCAUGCUCGUCCGCUACCUGGACGGAGCUGAGGAGCCCAAGGAUGGGGUGUUCUUAUUAGAGGCGGUGGAGACUGAAACUCGCCGCUGCGUGUGGAAACUGGCCGACGUGAGGGAGAACAGAGACCCGCGGAGCAAAGGCAGGCCGAUGAGCAGGCGACAGAGGGACUGGCGACUCGAGGUACCCUUCGAGAUGCUUAACAGAGUCAUGCUCUACGUUCCUUGA